UGUUUAUAAAAUAUCGCUCGCAGAUUUCGGCAGCUGCAACAGUUAAAUAAAUAAAAGUCUUAAAAUAAAAAAAAUAAUAUGAAAACAACCGCCGGUGGCUCGUCGGAGGAGCCGGCCAAAUCUUCAUUGGGAAAAAUAAACAAAAAGUCUACAAAAUCUCGUUCAAAAAAUACCAAACUGGAAACUGGUAGCAAGACUUCGGUUUCAGCCACCAAUGUUGGUGUACCAAUGACCAGUUUACCAGCGACGCCUACUCAUGUCAACAUGGCCACAACUCCGACGACGCCAACUACCACAUUAAGCAACUAUAAUCUAUUUGAUGCAUCCUUUGCCGUGGCUGGACAUGCACAAGGUGUUGGAAUGGAAAUGACCAACAGUUCCGGCAAAGCUGGCCACCAAAAGACGUACGCCGGCUUUGAUCCGCGUACGAUAAAAAUCUUCUGGGAGCAACAUGAUCAGACGGAUGUGGAGCUAUCGCAAGAUGUUUGCGCCCGCCUAGCAGAGGAUGCGUCAUACAAAGUUUGGGAGCUUAUAAAUAAUGUCAAGAUAUACUCACGUCACUCGGGCGGCGUGGUAACCUAUGAUCUAGUCAAUGAGGUGCUCAAGGAUGCGGAUGUGCCGCCCAUGCUCGGUGCUAUGGACAGCGAUUGGGAUUGCAUUGAUUACGAUGGCAGCUAUUUCUUCCAUUCGGAUAAAAUUUUUGAGCUACGCGAAGAGUUUCAAAAGGAUAUUGCGCUCUCGUUGCCAAAUGGCGAAGAUUUCCAUUGCAUUUGCCCGGUGGAGGAUAAGAAUACAGAACACUUAAAGCAGUUUGUGCAGAGUCUGGUCACAGCUGCAAUAUUUGGCGAUGCCCAGGCACGUGGAGUGGCCAUUUCACAGGCCUUCCAGACGCCUUUGAUGGGCGCCUGCUAUCGCGUCAUCAUUAGCAAAAUGCUGCAGAUGCUGGCCUUUAAGCAGCACGAUCAGGUGAGCCAGCGCUGCUGGCGAUUACUGCGCGCUUGUAACUACAAUCCGCUGGCGAAUCACAUCAAUUGUCGGCCGGAGUACUUCAACCUGGCCGAGGUGCUAAUCAGUCAGCUAAUGGCGCCAUAUGAGACCAUCAAGGUGGCCGACAGCCGGCCGCAGUCACAGCAUGUGCCAGUUGCAAUGGAGCUGGAUAGAGAGCUCAAGCUGGAGCCGGGUCUGGGCAGCGAUAUGCAGAGUGAACAAUACGGAAAUCAAGGCAUGGACCUCGAAACCCAACAGCAGGAACAGCAGUCUGCGCAGCAGCCGACGCAACAUCCAAUUCCUGAUAUUACCAUCACCAGUGAUGCCUCGCAGGAGCAGACCAUAUACAAGCUGCAGCUAGAUGACGAUAGCAGCGAAGCUGCCGAGAAGCAGCUGCAGGACGAGCCACAGCAGCUCUCCAGCUACUUUGCCAGCCCCGUGGGCAGCGGCUAUGUGGAUGAGCUUUGCGAGACUCUCGGUCAAAUGGCAGCACAGAGUGGAUAUUUGCAUUCCGAAUGCUUGUUUCUGAUUAAGCGACGCUUGGCGAGAUUUUUUGAAGGUCGUGCCGUGUGCAGCGAACGUGAUUUUCAGUACAUUAGCCGCGCCGUACGUGGGCUUAUUGCACUGGGUGAAUACGCGUUCCGAGAGUUUAUACCCUAUAUUUAUAAGCUGAAUGUGCAUGAUGUGCCCGACAGCCUGUGGCGGGAUUUGGCACCAGCUGCCACAUUCCUAGCUGGCCGCGAUGAUAUACACUUGUAUGAGUGGUUGGAAUUUGGUUGCGGAGCGGCCAGUUUGCAGCCUUUCAUGGUGCACUAUGCGAACGCAUUAGAGAAGAUGAUCUCCAAGCGCUUUUUGAAUGCCCGACAGCCCGCUUUCCGAUUCGAACCGCAGCCAGGCGUACGUCGCUUAGAGUGGAGCACUCUGGCAGCAGCCAUGUGCCAUGGCGAUGAUCCCAGCAAGGCGAUCAAACCGAAGCCCACAAUGCUCGAGGCGUUUCCAGAGCUGGUGCUGCCCAAUCUCCGGCUUAAUUGCACCGGCACCAUUCGCUUCAAAUUUGCCGGCUGUCGGCCCGUUCUGCUUAAACCGAAGGGCGUUGGGGUGGUGCAGUUUAUGGACUCGCCGUCAACGAACGGCGCCAACGAUAUGGCGCACUCCGAUAUACUCAUUGCCAAGCGUAAGAUCUACAAGCCGCCAAGCAAUGUGAGGCGCGUGUUGCCCAACAGUGGCUACCACUACUUGCGCAUCUAAGGCGUGGCAAUAAAAUCAAGUACACAUAAAUUCAAAUUAA